CUCGAACGUCACUUCCAGGAGCGCGUCUAUCUUGUGUGUCCGCGCAUUUCCACAUUUUUCCUCUGUGAAGCCUUCUGGCCGAGGGGAUCCAGGGUAGAGCGUCUGAGUGAACCUUCUAUUUAACAGAAAUGAAUGAGGCAGAAGUAAAUCCUAAAGCUUAUCCGCUUGCUGAUGCUCAGCUCACCAAGACACUACUGGAUCUUGUACAGCAGUCUUGUAACUACAAACAAUUACGCAAAGGAGCCAACGAAGCCACUAAAACUUUGAACAGAGGAAUUGCAGAAUUCAUUGUGAUGGCCGCAGAUGCUGAACCCCUUGAGAUUAUCCUUCAUCUCCCACUACUUUGUGAAGACAAGAACGUGCCCUAUGUGUUUGUGCGCUCCAAGCAAGCCUUAGGACGGGCAUGUGGUGUUUCUCGGCCUGUUAUUGCCUGUUCCAUUACUAUCAAAGAAGGCUCACAACUGAAGCCUCAAAUUCAGUCUGUUCAACAAGCUAUUGAAAGACUAUUGGUCUAAAUCUGAUAAAAGUAACUAAAAAAAACACAAGACUUUAUAUGAAUAUUUUGUUCAACAGCUGUUGUUUGUACAGUAUUUUCUUUUAAUAGGUUUUUAAAUCCAGCAGAUUAUUUCUGUUUAGGCCUUUAACUAGAGAUUGCUUGCUCAUUCUUUUAAGUCAAAAGGAGGCAAAUUUAUGCCUUCUAAAUAUUUAGGGCAAUAACUUGCAGUUGCCAGGCAAGAGGUAAAGAUUUGUGGGAGCUUUAGUUAGAAAAACAGUUCUAAUCCCAAACCUCUGAAUUUGGUGAGCAGCCUGCUGGCUUUAGGGAGUGGGCUAUCUGGAAACCCUACAGCAUGGUCAAAAGUUUUCACCUUGCUUUUUGAUGGAUUUAAGGGUGGAAAUUAGAGGCUUCCCAGAGAUAACCUGCCCAGAUUUCUAUCCUAAAACCACCCAAAUGUUCAGAAAAUGGGCUGAAAUUGCCCUACCAGAAUUUGGCAAGUUUACCAGUGAAUUUCAGUGGCAUGACCUCAGGAUUCUUGGGGCCAAAUGGGGACUGUGCAUUGCUCACCUCUGCUUGGAAGGGUAUUAGGUUGCCUAUCCCUGCUUUUACAUCCUUCUGAUGCAAAACGAAUAGAGCUAGCCUAGAAAAAAAUCAAGACUUCCUCCCUAACCUGAUACAGUUUGAUACGAUAGCAUUGUAAGAAACUUUUUUUUUUUUGCUCCUUGUUGCUAUAGCUAGAGGCUUUAACUUUUUCAGAAAUAAAUUACAAUAAAUGAGUAACAUGUCUAGUGUCUUAUCUGAAACUGAGCUAAAGCACUGAUCCUGGUAGGCAUUCUCUUCCAACUUUUACCAAGUCAGUGCUCCUUCCUAGAAAGUUAGAUGUGUUGGGAUGUUGGCCUUCCCUCUAGCCUACCACUGCAGCUGCAUAAGGAUGAGAUGACAGCAAGCUGUUGGCACUGUUUUAACAGCAAGGCUUUUAAACAUUAUGGAGCAUUGUGAAUGUUGAUUAUUUCUGCUUUUUCUUUUUGGCCCAGAGAGAAGAGGAAGACAGCAAACAAAUUUAGUAUGGCAUAAACUUUUCAGAUGCAUAAAUAGGAUUAUAUAAAGACAUUGCAUGUGUUAAUCUGCUCACCUAUGCAAAAAUGCCUGUCACACUCAACAGUUGUUAUGGUGAUUGGGCAUUGUUAAUAAAAUUAUUACUGUCUGUAUU